AUGGACAAUUAUGUUCUGUGUGAUAACAUGAAGUGGAUAGCUAGCUUUGCAAAGUAUGGGAGAAUGAAAGAGAUUUUGACCCAUCUUAAAGUUGUUCUUAGUAAACCAGCUGAACUACUACCAAACGAGAGAAAGGAACUCUCCAAUCUAGUCUUACAUUGCUAUGUACAGCAAAUAGUGGAAACCAAGGAUAAAAAUCUAGAAAUGCAAUUCAGUUCAUUGACAGGUUACAGAGAUGAUGCCAGCAGUAGAAAUAGCAGCAGUAGACCAACCACACCCCUGAGCAGCCCUAGACGAAGAAGUCGAGUUGCAAGGCAGAGUAGAAUACUAUGUUGUGGUCAAAGUCAUGCUGCUGCUAUAUGCUAUGGAGACUUGUACACAUGGGGGAAUGCUCAUAGUGGAAGACUUGGCCACGGUGAGAUAAUCAUUGAUGAUGGAAAAGUGACACCAUUCCGAGUAGAAACAUUACAUAUGCACAGAAUACAAGUGAUGUCAGUUGCUUGUGGAAAAGAGCACACUCUGGCUCUCUGUCAACAGGGUGUCUAUGCAUGGGGUUCUUCUAAGUUUGGUCAAGUUGGUGUUGGUAAUACACAAACACAGGCCAGACCAGUUCUAAUUGCAGAACUGUUAGACCAGCAAGUUGUUGCUGUGGAGUGUGGGCAUUAUCAUUCAUUGGCUCUGUCACAUGACCACAGAGUAUGGAGCUGGGGAUGGGGUGUGCAUGGUCAACUAGGUCAUGGUGACCCUAAAGACCACUAUACACCAAAACAUAUCUCAUCACUUGAUUCUUAUCAGAUUAUGCAAAUUAGCGCUGGUUGUUGUCACUCUGCUGUUUUGACCUUGGGUGGUUCAGUCCUGACCUUUGGCAGUAGUAGAUUUGGUCAGCUGGGUCAUGGUGAUAUUCAGAAGGUCAGUUCACCUACGCUGGUUAAAGGCAUAGCAAAUGACAAGAUUGUCAUGGUAACAUGUGGGUUUUAUCAUAUGGUUGUGGUGAGCAGUAAUCCACAAAAAUUGUACACAUGGGGCAACCAUCCUGUUACUCUUAGACAUAAACUGAUUCUAAGUCGUAGACGUAGAGGAUCCCAUGCUUUACUAAAACCUGACAAUUCAGAAAUUGUACAUCUGACACCUACGUUAUUGGAUAAUGACAUCACCAACAGAAUAAAACAGAUUUCUGCAGGAUGUAACCAUACCCUGAUUGUGACCAAUGCCGGUGAACUCUAUGCACUUGGAAAAAAUGAUUUUGGUCAACUUGGUGUUGGUACAUAUAGAGUUGAACAGCAACUUCCAACUCUAGUGCAGCACUUUUCUGACAAGCCAGUGCUGGUGGCUGCUGCUGGAGCAGAGUUCUCUGUUGUAAUGGAUGUGGCUGGUCACACAUGGGUGUGGGGAAGAGCUGACCAGGGACAGAGUUUUAGUGACCUGAAGAGCUCAUUGUCAACCGAGGCAAUGCUGAGGGUCUCUAAAACUGUAUGUCCAUUGCUUAAAGAAACUUCCACAGAAAGAAACCUGGAUAUGGCCCAUACAACUGAAUCAACACAUCAUACCAAAUCAUUGCUCGAUAUUCCCACUGGAAUAAGAAAUAAAUUCAGUACACGGUUUUACUUGCAAGUCACAUCUACAGCAGUUGAGCACAUAACAACUGGAAUGCCACACAAAGAAAUCUGCAGUAUUCUGCAGCAGAGUGAGCUCAUUGACGAUAAUGGAGUUUUAGGACAAAGUUUGAAAAGUCAUUCUACAAGUAGAAUUCCAGAAGAACGUCUGUGGCAGGAAAUACAGUACAACUUAAGAAAGGACAUGGGUUCAAAGGAGUUUGUACAUCUCUCCUCCAAUAAUGUGAUGAUGUUGUCAGAUUUGUUGAGGUCACAAAUACAGUCUAACACUUAUCGCUAUGACCCGCAGGAAGAUGAACCAAAUAUCAAAAUCUUCACAUGUGGACAUCAUUUUCUCAGGCAGCCAUUUUUACUUACAACAUUGCCACAGUUUGAGAGUUUUAUGAAUAACUUACCAAUCCCGUUACCAUCUACGUCUGACAUCAUGACCCACCUCUACAGAAAAGACUCUCAGAUCUCAAUGGCAUGUCCUAAUUGUGUUCUGAGUGCCCUCAGACAGCUGCAAGUUGGAUGA